AAAAAAAAAAAAAAAAAAAAAAAAGUCACUCCUUCAAGCUCCUGUGCAUCGCUUGAAACAAGCUGAAAACUGGAAAAUAUAUAGUUUGUAUCACUGUUUGUUGAAUUAACCAGUCGCGCGCCAUCUCCAUUCAUCUUCCCGUCCUGUGAAACGAAAAAGCUCUGAAUGCUGGAAUGGCGUUUUGUAGAGCUGCAAAACGUUCCCUUGGAUUUGUGAUUUCUAAUCGGCUGUUGAAUAAUGCGAGUCGGCAUGGAUUUUCCAGUUCUACUACUACUAGAGCGUUUGUUGUUAAAGGCGUUCAAUAUGGAGGUUCAGUUCCUUACACUCAGGAUGCUACUUCUGCUCUUAGUUCGAGACUUAGUCUCUUGAGAAGAUUUAGUGUCGAAACUCCUGCUGUCUCGGACCAGAUGAGUCUCAUAAAGCAGCUGAGAGAAAGAACUAGUGCACCUAUUAAAGAUGUCAAGGCUGCUCUUAUUGAUUGCAAUUGGAAUAUUGAAGCGGCACAAACGGAACUGAGAAAAAGAGGAAAGGUUCUGGCCCUGAAAAAAUCUUCUCGAACUGCCGCUGAAGGUCUACUUGCCUUGGCUCAAAAUGAAACCAAAGCUGUUGUUAUUGAACUUAAUUGCGAGACUGACUUUGUUGCUAGGAACGAGAUUUUUCAAUACUUGGCCCUAUCUUUAGCAAGGCAAGCAUUGUUGUCUGAAAGCUCGUCUCAUAACGUUUCUGGGACAUUUCCUGUUGGUCUAGAGCAAUUGGAGGGAAUGAAAUUAAAUCUUGAACACCCAAAAAUUAAUGGAGAAACAACAGCUCUUAAUGCAGUUACUGAAGUGGCAGGCAUCAUGGGAGAGAAUAUUAAGCUAAGACGAGGUUUUUUGAUGUCUGCAUCUUCAAGUGGUGUUAUUUCUACAUACCUCCAUACAAGUCCUCAACCAGGUUUGGGUCGAAUUGCUGGAAUUUUAUCUCUUGAAGUCGAGGGUGGUAGUUUACAGGCGGAUGCUCUUCAACGUGUUGGAUCAGAAAUAGCGAUGCAUAUAGUGGCUGCAAAGCCAUUGUUCUUGACAAAGGAACUUGUUUCUUCUGAAGCAUUAAAGAACGAACGUGAAAUUCUCCAGACUCAGGCUGAAACUUCUGGCAAGUCUGGAAUGGCCCUAGAAAAAAUGGUUGAAGGUCGGUUACGGAAGUACAUGGAAGAAGUUGUUCUUAUGGAGCAAAAGUUUAUUGUCAAUGAUAGUAUUAAUAUAAAGACAUUGUUGGAUAACCUGUCCAAGGAAGUGGGUUCGCCAGUGAAGAUUGGUAACUUUCUAAGAGUGGGAGUCGGGGAAGGAAUUGAAAGGCUGGAUACAUCAGAUUCAUCUGAACCUGUGGCUCAGGCUGCAUAAACAUAGGUCUGGUACUAGCUCUCCUAUUUCUCAGCAUCUCAAGGCUCAUUUCCUGCCAAAAUUGUUCUUGGUAGUUAAGUUCCAUUGCAUCCUCAGUGCAGAAAUUUUCAGGUGCAAGCAUUACAAGGAUUGUAUCUAUUGAGCCAGAAGUCUUUCUGGUAACAACCUGUCUGCAUUUUUGUUUAUCACUCAUGUCUGAUUAUACGAUUGACCGACCAAUAAAUUUUGAUAUCCGAGUCAGUUGGAGUUUAUGCUACUUCACACAAAUUGUGUCUCUGAAAUUUGUAUCCCAGAGUUAGAUGAAGAUAAGGAAAUAGAUCUUGGGAGCCCUGUUACUAUUGAUUGUAUGAUUAAUUUGUGCUUUUGAAAUGUUAGAGAUUUUGACGAGCCAGUGAAUUCCAUGAUGCAUCUUUCUUUGAAUUUUUCA